CAGCUCUGUAGUUCAUUCAAUUCAUUUCACGAACAGGACUUUUAUUUUGCUCUGGCGGUGUGACGUUAUAAGGCUGCGCGCGCUCCCGAGUCUGUGAUUCGGCUGAAGAAAGGUGCUUUAAGUCCAUUAUCUCUCACUCUGACUGACUCCCUCACCAGUGUGCAGAAACUACUGACCAAGGGAGCAGAUUGAGAUGCAGACAGAGAUUUAGUUUGGACUUAUUUUUCUACUGUUAAUUAUUCUCAUCUUAAACAGAAAAACUCAACUGAGAUCCACUUGACACACUGUUAUAAAGAUGGCCUUUAUUAAAGAGGAGCAUGAAGACAUGAAGAUUGAAGAAACAUUCAGAGUCAAACAUGAAGAUACUGAGAAACAAACAGACCUGAAAGUGAAGAGUGAAGAACUGAAUGAAAUACAAGAUAAAGAUCAGUAUAAAAAACAUCUUCAUUUCAUACCUGGACAAAAAUCAUUUAGUUGCUCACAGACAGCAAAGACUUCCUCACAAAAAAGAGCUCAGAAGGCUAGAUCUAGAAGUCAUUUCACCUGCCAACAGUGUGGAAAGAGUUUCAACCAUCAAGGAAAACUGAGAGUCCACAUGAGGACUCACACUGGAGAGAAGCCUUACAGCUGCAAACAGUGUGGAAAGAGUUUCAGUGAACAUGGAAACCUUAAAGUCCACAUGAGGAUUCACACCGAAGAGAAGCCUUUUACUUGUCCUCAAUGUGGAAAGAGUUUUACACAUAAAAGCACUUUGAAUGCCCACAUGACAAUUCACACUGGAGAGAAGGGGUUCACAUGCAAACUGUGUGGAAAUAGUUUCAUUGAAAAAGGAAGCCUUAGAAGGCACAUGAGGAUUCACACCGGCGAGAAGCCUUACACAUGCUCUCAGUGUGGAAAGAGUUUCACUCAAGGAGGAAGCUUUAACAGGCACAAGAGAAUUCACAGUGGAGAGAAACCGUUCACCUGCCAACAGUGUGGAAAGCGUUUCAUUCAAAAAAGAUACCUUAAAAGCCACAUGACGAUUCACACAGAGCUGUGGGAACGGAGCGAGUCUAAAGGAAGGAGAUCCAGAAGGAUAAAUGGAGGAGUGAUGACAGUGCAAGACGAGAGAGGACAGGCCAGGGGUCUCAUUUAUAAACAUUCUGUACGCACAAAAUAGGCACAGAAAUUGUGAAUAAACUUUUAAAAAAAAAAAUAAAUUGGUGUAAAUAUGUACGCACCUUACAGACAUUCUAGACCAUGUGUACACACACUUUUUUCCUGGAGUGAGAAAAGUAAUGAAGUAAGAAAUGAUUUUAAAAUCUGUUUUCAUUUCAAUAUACACAUUUACAUGAAAUAUUCCACUCUAAUGAAUAUAAAACCAUGUGUACGCAAAAUCUAGCUUUUGUGCAUACGUACAAUUUUAGGAUGAAAUGUAUGGAGAGUUAUAUAAAUGAGACCCAUGGGCUUCAUGUUAUGCUUUAUUAGGUUUUUUUAUGCAGCAGUCGUUUCGUGAUGGGCUGCUGCUUUACUUACAUUUUAUUGUUUGUUUGUCUUAUAAUUAAAGUUGUGUGAAUGUUCACCGGUUCCCAUGGCUCUCAGCCCUGCAUGCCACAUGUACAGGUGCUUCUCAAUAAAUUAGAAUGACGAGGAAAAGUUCAUUUAUUUCAGUAAUUCAACUCUAAUUGUGAAACUCGUGUAUUACAUAAAUUCAAUGCACGCAGACUGAAGUAGUUUAAGUC